GAGAGAUGCGGCGCCUCCUCGCACAGCUGACCGGGAACACAGGUAGUGUGUCCAGAUUGGUUCCCUCCCUCCCGGUGCGUACUUGUUGAUCAUCGGGCGGAUCAGCGGGGCGAUGUGCGGAGCGACGAGCCGGCGGGUGGACGGUGGAUCGUGCUGAGGAUCUCUCUGCCAUGUCGGAGGCAGAGGAGGGGGAGAAGCAUCGGCUCAGACCCUUUGCAAUAGUAAACCAAUAACGGCGCCUCCUUUUUUUUUGGUAAAUGCUGCUGCUUCUUGUGUGUGUGUUCCAGCGGAUUGAUUGUUCCACAGAGCGGAACGUGCCGGUUUGAUUCGGUGCAGGAUGACAACAACAACAACUCACCACGUAUUGGAAGAAGACAGGACCAACUGUAGUCCAUAACACUGGAUGUUUGCCUACUCCCACGCCAUUAAGUCAUCAUGGAGAAAUCCUUGGCCGAGUUAAAUAAAGCUGGCUCCCGCUCAAUGUCCUCGCUGCAACCUGAACCAGUGGACAUAAUGCGCAGCAAGACAUGUUUCCGCCGAGUCAGGCUGAAUGUAGGGGGUCUCCCUCAUGAGGUCUUGUGGCGAACGUUAGACAGGCUACCACGAACACGUUUGGGGAAGUUAAGAGACUGCAACACCCAUGAAUCUCUGAUGGAAGUGUGCGACGACUACAACCUCGAGGAGAACGAGUACUUCUUUGACCGACAUCCGGGGGCAUUCACGUCAAUUCUGAACUUCUACCGCACGGGGAAGCUGCACAUGAUGGAAGAGAUGUGCGCCCUGUCGUUCAGUCAAGAGCUCGACUACUGGGGAAUCGACGAGAUCUACCUGGAGUCGUGUUGCCAGGCGAGGUACCACCAGAAAAAGGAGCAAAUGAACGAGGAGCUGAAAAGAGAGGCAGACAAUUUAAAAGACAGAGACGGGGACGAAUUUGACAACACCUGCUGUGCUGAAAAACGGAAAAAACUUUGGGACCUCUUGGAAAAGCCCGGCUCGUCCGUUGCAGCAAAGAUCCUGGCCAUCAUCUCCAUCCUCUUCAUUGUGCUAUCAACCAUUGCCUUGUCUCUGAACACCCUUCCUGAGCUGCAGGACACCGACGAGUUUGGCCAGUCCACAGACAACCCACAACUGGCCCAUGUGGAAGCUGUGUGUAUUGCCUGGUUUACCAUGGAGUACCUGCUUCGCUUCCUCUCCUCCCCCAACAAGUGGAAGUUCUUUAAAGGUCCCCUAAAUGUCAUUGACCUUCUGGCCAUCCUGCCAUACUAUGUCACCAUUUUCCUAACAGAAUCCAACAAGAGUGUGCUGCAAUUUCAGAACGUCCGCCGUGUGGUCCAGAUUUUUCGGAUCAUGCGUAUCCUUCGUAUUCUGAAGUUGGCGCGUCACUCCACAGGCCUUCAGUCUCUGGGCUUUACCCUGAAGAGGAGUUACAAUGAGCUGGGCCUCCUUAUCCUCUUCCUGGCAAUGGGUAUCAUGAUCUUCUCCAGUUUGGUGUUUUUCGCUGAAAAGGACGAAGAGGAUACAAAGUUUAAAAGCAUUCCAGCUUCUUUCUGGUGGGCUACUAUUACUAUGACCACAGUAGGCUAUGGAGAUAUAUACCCAAAAACUCUCCUGGGAAAGAUUGUGGGGGGGUUGUGCUGCAUAGCUGGAGUGCUGGUGAUUGCCCUGCCCAUUCCCAUUAUUGUAAAUAAUUUCUCUGAAUUCUAUAAGGAGCAAAAGAGGCAGGAAAAGGCAGUUAAACGGAGAGAAGCCCUCGAUAGGGCAAAGAGAAACGGCAGCAUUGUCUCCAUGAACUUAAAAGAGGCAUUUGCUCGUAGUGCCGAACUGAUGGAUGUGGUUGUAGAGAAAAGUGAGAGGCCUCAUGACAACCAUCUCUCUCCAAGUCGCUGGAAAUGGACGGCUAAGAGGGCUACAUCAGAGACAAGCUCAAACCGUUCCUUUAAUGCCCAGGAGUUAGGUUCUCCAGAAAAGGGAGAUGACAGUCCCCAGAGGCUAAAUGUGCAGAAACUAGAGGAGAUGUACAACCAGAUGGCAAAGACACAGUCACAACCCAACCUCAAUGCCAAAGACAGAGGCAGUAGAGUCAACAAACAGAGAGAUGAGAUAGAGCUGGGGGCCAUACAAGAUCACAGGCCACCAGUGUUAGGAACCAGAGAGGGAGUAGGGGACAUGAAAAGCUUGUCUAGCAUUGACAGCUACAUCAGUUGUGCAACAGACUUCCAAGAGAAUCCACGUUUCCUCCAUAGUCCAGCAAUGGACCUUGGUCUUCAGGAAGGUAACCGACUCUCCCACAGUCCGGCGACAGCGCUGUCCCACCGUUCCAGUGCAAAAACAGGUCAGCAGACCUCUAGGGAGUGUCAGCCCAUGCUAACUCCUGUGUCUGUCACAAAGCCCUCAUACUCAGAUAAUGCAAGGAAAUUCUUCUUUUCUGGAAAGUCGAAAAGUCUUAUCCCUAAAGGAGGCUGCCGCAGUGAUGGGGAGUCAGGCAUGUCCCCGCUCUCAGACAGCUCAGUCCUGUCAGACCACUCUCUGUUAAGUCCUGAAGUUUCUAUCUACACCACUGCCAGCAGCAGGACCCCACCGAAGUCCCCAGAGAGCACUACCCUGGCUCCAACUGUCUUCACCUUCCACGACUCCUCCAUCAGCAAGUACAUUGAUGCCGACACAGACGAUGACGAGCACCUGCGCGACAUGUCUGACGCAAGUCCCUCAGAAUGUCUGUUGUCAGGAACGAGCCCAAAACGCAGCAUCAACAUCAAUUACCAGAGGGGCACCAACCAUUUAGAGGCAGCCCAGAAAAUGCUGGGCCAAAAUUGCUUGUUCCCCCUUGACGGGAUUCGUGGGGUGGCUCAUGAGAAUCACGUAGGACAUGAAAUGGCACAUAGACCAAAGGUUGAGAGAGGGCGUCAAAAUACUUUGGAUAAAAGCCUCUGAGGUACAAGGGGAACAGAAACAAAUGGGAAGCUCGGGCCAGAGUGUUUGUGAUAAACACGGUAGACAACGGAAUGAGAAGAAAAAAGGGUCUCACUGAAACAUUUCACAAAUUACCUGAGCAUGCUGCUGGGCAAUGAGCUCCAAGUGAACAUGUGUGGUGAAUACUCUGGGAGAAUAAACAUUUCUAAAUUGGAGAAUGUCACUGCCCCUCCUUCAGCUCAUUCCUCUUAGCGGUAUUCCACACCCACAAUACAAAGGAGCACUCCUGGGUAGCCAACAGGCCUGGUCAGAGAUCCCUGUGGAAUCAAGGGUAGUCAGAGAAAUCUAGUUUUGUGGUUGAUACUGGUGUAACCCAAUUGAAUGAUGUGGUUUUAGCUGCAGGGGUUUAUCUCUAUAUAUUCUCUAGGAAAAAACAAUCCCAGCUGCCCACUGUCCCAUUACAGAGUCCAAGUUCAUUCUGUAGUCUUGAAGAUACAAAAGAGGACCUAGAAGCCUUUAAGCUACUUACUUGUGCCCUCCAUUCCCAAACCUGGCCUUAGUCAUUUACAUUUGUAGGGGUGUGUUUGUCUUGGGCUUGUAUGUCUGUGUGUGCAUGUGUGUGAGUGUGAAGGCUGAUGGGUGAUGUAAUGCAAAUUCAUGUAUCCACACUCUUGAGAUUGUCUUAUCUGAUUUAUUUUUAUAUACAGUAGAUAAGAGAGAGGUCCUUAUAGAAAUAUGUGAUUUGCUAGUCUGCUGUGUCAAAAUCAAAUGUGAGGAGUUAACCUCUGAAAGGUUGAAUGUCUGCAGUUAUCAGAGGCUUCAGCCCAUCCAUUAUCAUGAGCUCUCAGUCUUGAACAGUAUUUUGCUGUCCCCAAUGUUAUCAUGUCAUAGUAAGAUUGGAUGAUACUUUCGAAUCUCCAUCGGUGAAUAUUUUUCUUUGCACCCUAUUAUCACUUUUAAGGGCGAUAGUGGUGGACCAAGAUUUUUUUGACAUAAAAAUAAGAGUCAUAGGUUAUAAUCUUGACUGCAGCAUAAGGCUCACAUUUAUGGAGCAUGCAUGCAGUCAAUCAGUCAACGUACAAAAACGUAAUACGUGGAAAGAAUUAUUUAUGAGAAAGUCCUCCAAUGUUUUCUGUUUCAAGCUUAUUGACAUGUUUAGGUUUCUGUAACAGAUGUUCAGCAUGCGUUGGCCUUCCUUUGACCAAUAUGAAAGCAGCCAAAGAGAUCACACAGAUUCUUGAGAGCAGGGGUCAAAAUACACUCACUGAAUACACACAAGCAGGUUAACUUUAAUAUAUAUCAGCUGUAAUGCCUGAACUGAGGAAACUCAUGCAUGAGCACAAACUCACACCCACAGCAGCUCCACGCAGUUGCGGAAGACGAUAUUCAGAAUACAUAGAUACACUUAGUUUCCAUGGCGACCGCAGCGGCCCUCAAAGGCUGGCAGCAGUUUGUUUACUGGACAUGAAAAGGUUUUAUUGCAUGUAACGUAUAUUCGCACAUACAUAUAUAGCCUACAAGAACACACAGACAUGCUUAACCUGAACAUGAAGUAACACGUGAGCAGAGCCACUACUCACUGUACACAUUCAUGAGUGUAAAUGCAACAUUAUGAUGUGAGGACCUUGUACAUUGUAACGCUUGUCUUGAAUCUUCGUAGCAUCCCAUAAAUUAUUAUAAUUCCACGCAAUAUAAAUGAGUUUUAGAUUCUUGACGGUUAGAAACCCACAAUGCAUUUCUCUUUUAUAUUUUAUAUCGUCACAUAGCAAAGAGAAAUAGUCUUAUAUCAAAUGUGACUGUCACUCGCUGCAGUUUAAAUUAAAGAAUGACCAAGGGAUGAACGUGUUUAAUCUCCAAAUGAAGAGCAUAUAUUAUCACAGAAAUUAAGACGUUAUUUUUGCAGAAAGGCGGCACAGGAGCAUGAAAUACAAAUAUGACAAUGAAAACACAAAAUGACAGUUCAUGUGCUGAUACUAUCUUGAGCAUUUAAAUUAAAUAAUAGCUACUAUUUGCUUUUACAUCUAAUAAUAUCAUGCUAACACAAGCACAGUUAAUCACAGUUUCUCUGAUGUUGACGAGCUGAACGGAGAAGAACCUCACUGCCAACUGAACAGCUCCUCAAACAAACCUGAGCAAACAGUAAAAUCUCUCUUAGCCACUUCCUGACACAAAUACAAGACAGUAAGAGAUAGCACUGAAGAAGCCAUUGCACUUUCAAACACGGAGGUGUCAGGUGAUAUUUGUUCAGAGAGUCAACGGGAAGUGGUUGACAUAUUCUUUUUGUGUUGUGGUUAAAGGUUUAAUCACAAACCCUGAUUUCAUUUCCUGUUUUAAUCACAGUUGAACCAUUUCAUAUUGCUCUCCAUAGUGAGAGGAGCUGGGGUGUGAAAGGAAUAGCAAUGACUGCGAGAGGCAAAGGGAACCGUGUGUGUGUGUGUGUGUGUGUGUGUCUGUCGUAACUAGACCCGUGUGGCUGCCACUUAAUGGAAAAGAAUAAGAAGAAUGUGUUUCUGAUAUGAAUGCAUGCAUGUUCGGGGAAUCCUGCUUUUGUUUUCUUCAUAUGUGCAGUUUCGACUGUAACAUGCAGCAGCAACCAAUUUUAUUACCAAGAGAACUGUAAUCAUGUGAGAAAUUAGGAUUCAUUUGACACGUUAAUCUAUUCAUUUACAGCUGUGAGCAGGGGGAUGGGAGGUGCGUCACAUGCAUCUUACUUAGCAACCAAUCACAUACUUGAACAACUAAGGGUGGAUGGUUUGAAAAAUCUAUUAUAUGCAGCAUCAUGUUGCCAGCUUUUCUUUGUAUUCUGGUGAAACUACAAAGUAUUGUACACAAAAUAAAGUCAGCAUUUAGAAGCCAAGUUAACACAAAAAAAAACAAUAAUCCUCAAAAGGAUUUUAAAACAUAAACUAGAAGAAAGAAGUUUCCCAAAAUUUAAUUAUGUGAUUUUCAAAUUGAUAAAAUAUAUAUUGUAUAACAAUUGACUUCAGGUAUUUUACAUUUUCCAGAUGAUGAAAAAAAUGAUCAAAAAAACAUCCGGUCAUAUGUAUUUAAAAAGGUACUUUCCUAAAUAAAUAUGUAUAAUUCUUGAUACUAUAUUGUGAGGUUGGAGUGGCAUGGUUUUUCUUUUAAGACAUCAGUCUCAAGCAGAGAAACAUUUGGUUCAUAGGUUAGUUUCUGAUAGACAUUUUAUUGCAGAUUAAUGUUUUAGCUCGUGAAAAGUCAAGGCCAAUGUAUGCAAAACAUUUCAAAUCUGUUACAUGGAAACAAUUUAGGUGAUUUAGAUGUUGAAACAAAUUUCAGUCGGACAUGUCAUUAACUCUAAUGGAGACAACAUUCAGAUCACAUUUCCCGUCCUGAGGGAUCAUGUGAGCUUCUGUCCCAUAUUUUGGGGUUUUCUAUAUUACGGUAGUCAGGGACCAAGUAUCUCUCAAAAAUGAUGACAAUCAAUAGUUCAUGAAGAGGCAGCGUGCACUACCUUAAAGACCUGAGAUUAAUUACAGGCACGUGUGCAUCCGUGUGCAUACAUACACACCAAGUAUUGAAAUCCUGACACUAGUAUUGAUAAUCCUAAGCUUUUAGUGUGAAAAAUCAUUGCGCAUGACGACGUAAUUUGAUACCAGACUGUGAUACUGUGACAUGAUACCACCAUUAUACAAAGCAAAGCAAUUAUUUUUUACAAGUCAUCAUUUUUUUUCUUUUUAUUUGGGCACUUUACUCUCCUCCAUGUCCAAGGGAGCCAUUCAAAUUUACAAAAUCUAGUCGUGUAAAAGAGCUUUUAAUUUCACUGCGAUCCCUGCGGAGGAAUCCUGACACGAAUCAAAGGACUAAACCAUCAUGUUUUAUGAAGAAACACAAUCAAGUCACCGGUCUUUUUUCUUGUUUGUUGAUACUAACGAAGAUGAAGAGCACAGAUUUCCAUUACAAGACUCCCGACUGUAUAGUAAAAUGCAUUUAGCAGAAUUCUAAAAUAGAAUUUGGUUGUCGCGCUAGCUGCUUUAAAUGUGAAGAGUUUCAUUUUUGUUAGAACCCCAUAGGGCCCUUUUCAGGGACACGUGGUCAUUUCCAAAACCCAGUGAGAACCACUGCUUUAGCAAGUAGCCUAAGUCCACACACUCUGAAUCGAACACUGUAUUACAGGGUUGGGGUCGAUUCAAGAUGCCUUGAUUAUGUAAAAAACACAUAUUACACAUGACGCUAUUACAGGAACCAGUAUUACAGCAUGAGACAAAUUAAACCUGGUACAAGUCAAAAACAUAAACUAUAUUUUUUCUACAUUUUAAGCUCUCAGUGGAAUUGACCCCAACCUUGCCUAAGCCAUCAGUCUUUGUAAAGUACACUGUUUCCAGGGAAUUGAAAAAAGAUAUUUGAAUGACCUUAGUCAGCUCUUAUACAAUGUUGUUUGUAGGUCCCGAGGCUGUCUGUUUUGUAAAACAAAAAAAGAGAACAUUUUUACCUGUUGACUUUCUAUGCUGUUGUUUCUGUAUAAAUGUUCUAUUGUUCAGUGCAUGUUGUAACUUUGGCGUUGUGACUGGUUGUGAUUCACUCAGAGCCAGAGCCUUGUCUUGUAAAAGAAAAAAAACAUGUCUCAAUGUCCCAAGAUAUUUCUAUUUCUUAAGAACGACGCAACGUUUCCCUUUGAUGACUCAAGACUAAAUAAAUCAGAUCACUUUACAUUUUGA